AUGCCGCCAAAGCCAACUACGCCAAAAAAAACCAAAAAACAACUAGAAGAAGAGAAGAAACGUCUCGAGGAACGGAAAAAAGUCAUAGAUGAGGCCCUUGAAUUAUUAUUUCAUCGGAUAUGUAAUGAUUGGCUCGUAGAAGAGGAAUUACCAAGUAUUGCAGCCCAACUUGUUGAGGAAUUUAAACCAGUGUUGGUGGAUCCAUUGACAGAGAUUGGCCGAAUGGAUCCCAGGCACGUGAAAGAAUUACAUCUUGGAUCACGGAACAUGACGGAUAUUCAUGAAAAUAUGUGCAAGUUUGAAAUGUUGGAAGAGCUCUGGCUCAACCACAAUCGUCUCAAAAUCGUUACGAAUUUAAUGGAUGUCAGUACUCUAAAGUCUUCAUCGCGAGAGCUGCCCUUAACGAAAAAGUCAAAAAAGAGAGGUUGUCUCCGACUUAAAUAUUUAUAUCUGCAACAGAAUCGAAUCGAAUCGCUCGAUGAUCAGUGUAUGAAGAAUUUAAAAUUCUUGGAAGUUCUCCUGUUGCAUGACAACAAGUUGAAAAAUUUGGAUCUUGUCCUACAACAACUUUCUCAUAUGAAAUAUUUGAAACAACUUACCCUUUUUGGGAAUCCUCUAUGCGAGGAGGCUGGUUCCAAGUCCAUGUACAGAGGAAGAGUUAUCACUGCCCUACGAUCUCUUGUUGUUUUUGAUAGAAUUGAAAUUACAGAAACUGAAAGAGAGGAAGUGACUAAACUGUUUCCAAACAGAAUCGAACGUUUAUCCAUGUCACGAGAAGAAAAAUUGGCGUUUGGCAAAACAUUACCAGCCAACGCUCUUGAGAGUCGAAAAGCCAACACCAUGUCGGCUUCCAUACUAGGAGGUACUGCAGAAUUGGCCAUUCAUGAGGCCAAACAAAUAGUGAAAGAAAACUCCAUCUAUAAGAGGAAGCUGGAAGAAGAAGAGCGAGCAAUGAUGGCUAAGACCCUCAAAGAAAGCAUUGUGAAACAAUAUAAAGCCAUGGAGGAGAAUGAAAAUCAAAAGCCAGACAAUUUAUUUGAGCGCUUAUCACAUGUGUAUAGAGAUUUUGAUGGUUUACUUACAGCCGACCAGCAACAAGUAAUGAAAGAGAAAAUUAUCAAAGCGUAUCAUCCUGCAUUUCUUGUUGCAUCUCCAACUUUGAAACCAACCAUUCCUCCGGACACUAUGAAUGAACUGUUGAGGGAUCUUGGAAUUUCACAAUUUGCAGAGAGUUGGAUUCAAGAAGUCGAGUCCAAGAAAGGGCAAGAGACAUUCUUUGUGACUGAAGAUGAAAAGAAAAAGAUUUCCUUGUACAAAGAUUUGACAAGGAGUUCAAAGGAAGUCUCAUUCCAUGAUUUUUUCUUAUUGAUCUGCGAGCUCAAGUCAGAGGAGGAGUUCCUCAAUUCCCACAAUCUACAAAAGCAACUUGAUAUUCGAAAGGUUCAAUUCGAAAAAAAAAAGAAGGAACGAAUUGAACGAGAAGAAAAAGAGCAACAAGUUCAACAACCACGACCCAAAUCAGGAGGUGGUAAAUCCAAAACGUCACAACCACCUCGAAAAAUUACAGACAAUACAGAGGAAGAAGAAAUAGAAUGUCAACAACUCGAAGAAAUGUCCAAGAAUACAGCCACUCUGGAGUUGCAAGCUGCUUCGAAAGCAAUCAAGUGGCAGUCGAAGAGUCAACUUCAUGAAACCAUGAGACCAAAAGAAAUCAAAAUUGUACCAAAACGUGGAGAUGUAUACAAAUCUUACUACUUGUGA